AUGAAGAGUGCGCGAGUCUUGCCCACAGCAUCCACAUUGAAAAAUGGAAUGGUCUUAGUUGCUGGUGGAUACAAUCAGAAUAGUGGUUUUUUGAGUAGUGCAGAAGUGUAUGAUCCAUCAACAGGACUCUGGACAAAUACUGGCAACAUGAGUACUGCUCGAUCCAGACACACAGCAUCCACAUUGGCGAACGGAAAAGUCUUAGUUGCUGGUGGAUACAAUCAGAAUAGUGGUUUUUUGAGUAGUGCAGAAGUGUAUGAUCCAUCAACAGGACUCUGGACAAAUACUGGCAACAUGAGUACUGCUCGAUCCGAACACACAGCAUCCACAUUGGCGAAUGGAAAAGUCUUAGUUGUCGGUGGAGAAAAUAUUGUUGUUUUGAAUAGUCACGUAUCGUAUUCUGCUUAUUUCAGUAGUGCAGAAGUGUAUGAUCCAUCAACAGGACUCUGGACAAAUACUGGCAACAUGAGCACUGGGCGAUACCUACACACAGCACCCACAUUGGCGAAUGGAAAAGUCUUAGUUGCUGGUGGAUACAAUGGUAUUAGUGGUAGUUUGAGUAGUGUAGAAGUGUAUAAUCCAUCAACAGGACUCUGGACAAAUACUGGCAACAUGAGUACUGCUCGAUCCAGACACACAGCAUCCACAUUGGCGAACGGAAAAGUCUUAGUUGCUGGUGGAUUCAGUAAUGUUGAUCUUUUGAGUAGUGCAGAAGUGUAUGAUCCAUCAACAGGACUCUGGACAAAUACUGGGAAUAUGAGUACUGCACGAUGGUAUCACACAGCAUCCACAUUGGCAAAUGGAAAAGUCUUAGUUGCUGGUGGAAAAAAUAUUGUUGUUUCGAGUAUUAGCGUGUAUGAUGUUGUUUUGAAUAGUGCAGCAAUGUAUGAUCCAUCAACAGGACUCUGGACAAAUACUGGCAACAUGAAUACUACACGAUGGGAUCACACAGCAUCCACAUUGGCGAAUGGAACAGUUUUAGUUGUUGGUGGACAAAAUAGUGGUGGUGUUAUUUUGAGUAGUGUCGAACUAUAUGCAUGA